GCGGACUCUCAGAUUCCCGCGGGUCUCCGGGAAGAUGACGGUGUCCUCCGCGCCGUACGUCGCCCGUUGCUUUCACCCCGAAAAGCGCUUUUCUUGGCGCCUGGUCGGGGUCCUUCUGGUGGCCCCAGUGCUCCUGCUCUCUCUGAACUCCGAUGCCUGUGGGAAAGAAUGUAAAACUCCAGUACUCGAAAAUGGCGAAGUCUAUGCCCCAAAUAACUCCUUUCAAUUUGAAAAUGCAGCUCACUUUUUUUGUAAUGAGGGUUAUUACUUAUCUGGAAAACAAGCUGUAGUUUGUCACCGUCGUGGAGAUGAUGUGUAUUGGGGUGACGAAUUACCAACAUGUAAUAAGAUUUACUGUAAUCCACCUAAAAGAAUAAAAAAUGGAAAAUACAGCAAUAGUCACAGAACUCUAUUUGAAUAUAAUGAAUUAAUUACUUUUACUUGUAAUCCUUCAAAUGGACCAGAUGAAUUUUCACUUGUUGGAGACAGCAAACUUAUUUGUAUUGACCAUAACAAGUGGAGUAGUAGCCCUCCUCAGUGUAAAGUGGUCAAAUGUGAAUAUCCAGUACUUGAACAUGGAAGAAUGGUAUCAGGAAUCAAAAACAAAUAUUCCUACCAAGCUACGGUUCUACUUGAAUGCUUCCCAGGCUUCUAUAUGAAUGGCAGCAACCCAGUGUUCUGUGGUGGGAGUAGUACUUGGGAGCCUGCGAUGCCAAAAUGUAUCAGAGGUUUCAAACCUACUCAUCCAACCAAACCUCCAGUUUCAAAGUACCCAGGCUAUCCCGAGCCCAGUGACCGACUAACACUUGAAGACUUUGAGGAAUUAGAUGCAGGCAUCAUCGCGGUGAUUGUUCUUACUCUUCUUGUUGGCCUUGCCGUACUUUGCACCUGCCUGUAUAGAUGUUUUCAAAGGGGAAAGAAAGGGGUUUCAGUAAAACUGAUGGGAUUAAACUUAACAUUACUGAGGGGGAUGCCUGGGUGGCUCAGUCAUUGUUUGCCUUCAGGGGCCCUCUUCUCCCGGUACUUGAAUGCAGAGAAGUCUUACUUUAGACAAGGUUGUGUGAAACGGGUGAGGCAAACCGUGUGCCCCGAGUGCUCUGCUGAGUUCUUGGUUCACGGCCGCCUGGAGCCCUCAUGGUCCUGCCGGAUCCUGGGCAUCUUCCAAGGCUCAGCUCCCACUGCCCACCUGCUGAAGCUUUUCCUGAUUCGCCCAGCUCUCAGAGCUUUUGUGAUUACCCAGCCUCAGGUCACACCACCUCUAUAUCCCUGCCUCUGGGAAAGAGACUCGCCUUCCUCAUCACUGGAGUGCAUGGGUGUGGUCAAGUGGCGAGUCCGAUUCCAGCCGCACUGCCACAGCAGCGGACUGGCCCGGGGCCUCUGGAGCAGGCGCAGUGCUGACGCGGAUGGGACCGUCCUCCGGAUAAUGUAA